AUGGGAGACCAGGAAGCUGCUCCUCCUUCUCCGGUGUCUCGGGUCGCCGACUUUGCUUUUGGCUUUGGACUGUCGAUUACCGCCUUUGCGGUUGCCGCUGGUGGUCUUUUUCUUGGUCAUGAUCAUGGUCAUGGUUUUGUUGGAUUGGGGCAUGUCACUGCCGUCGACCGCCAACACCGCCAUCUCGUUGUCGCAUGCGCCACCGUCCGCGCCCUUUUCAUCACGCUGCGGCUGAUGAAGCUGCUUCUGGCCGUCGACAUGCCGCCUUAUUUCGUGUCGUCGGCCCUGCCGCCGUCCAUCAAGGUCUUGACAGCCAGUAUCAAGACCGCUCGCGCGCCAAUCGGCGCCCCGCCCCCGGAUGUAGGCCGACAAUGUACCGGUGUUUGCUAUGUUCCAGAUGCAGGAGUUCUCGCUGCGGGCGCGUCGCUGCACCUCACUGCGAAAUCUCUCGCUAAAGGGUUUUUUACGUGUUCCUGA